CCUUAUGUUCAUAACUGUGUUGUCACCCUGCAUGAAGGAAGACAUAUUUAUCAGUUUUGUGUUUUCUUCAAGCGGCACUGCCGUCUGAGAACCAAUCCACUUCUCAGCAGCAUUGACCACAUAUUACGAGGUGAUGCAGUCGUUAUGAGGAUUGGUGCUAGCGUGGGCUAUGUUGUGACAUGCAAAGCAGGGACAAUUCACUUGCAGACUUCAUCAUGGAUCGGUAAGCACAAUCACUGGACAGUCAUUCCAUUGUUGACCAAGAAUCCAUCAGUUUUAUACAAACUAUUAGACAUCAUCCUCGAGCAAAGUUUCCAUGUACUCUCACCAUUGUGA